AGUUUCUCGGCAAGCUUCAUUCCCCGUCAACAAAAUAGAUACUCAAGUGCGCAGGUCGCAACCAGCUUAAGUUCUCUCUGGAUUUCUAGCAUAAAUCAACCGUGUACGCUCUUUCUGAUCGACACAAUUAACAUGUUUUAUACCGUUGCACCGAUACACACGCAUACACCCAAUAUGGCGUUUAAGCUUGGAAUCUCUUCGUCGACUGCUCAAGCAGGCGGACAGCCGGAGCCAACAACAGAGCCCCCCCAGCAAAUGAAAGGAAGUCCCACUUCAUCACAAUCGCAUUCAGAGUCAAGGUCAGAAUGCCAGGCGCAGCCACGGCCACCUCUCGAACGUACCCGUACGCUAUCUUUUUCUGAGCCGAUUCGCCCGUCCCGGUCAAAGGACCGGUCUGGUUCCACUAUUUCAUCCUAUUCUCCCCGUUCCCAGCCUGGUACACCGGAAAAUGAGCGCUCGGAUCGUCUUCCUGGACGUAAAACUCGCUCACCAUCACCCUACCCGAAGCCACAAGGCCCUCCUUCAGACGACGAGGACGAGGACGAAGACGAGGACGAUGAUGAGGACGAGAUAUCCGACAGGGACCGGAAAGCUCGCAGAUUCUUCACGACAUUGACAUCCAGGAUCAGAAGUAAAUAG